AUGGAUCGUCUCGUGCGCCUCUCGAUCUCAUUCCUUGCGCUCCUCGCCGCUCUUGACGGCAUCAACGGCGAAGUCAGCUACAGCCAGAGUGGGCUCGACUGGGGGGGAGACUGCCAGUCGGGCGAGAAGCAGUCGCCGAUCAACAUCGUGAUGGACGAGGCGAAGGAAGUGAGCGAGCCGGAGAAGUUCGUUCUCGAGUACGACUCCGCCGCCACCACCGCCAGCGUCAUCAACCACGGAUACACCGUGCACGUGCACUCGUUCUCGGAGCACGCAGUUAACGGGCUGUUCGCAGCCAUGGAGGCUCAUUUCGUGCACCAGCACGAGAACGACAACACCUCCCUCGCCGUGGUGGGAGUCAUGAUAAGGCUGCAGCGCCACGACGAAAAGUCCGACUGGAUUGACGCGUGA